AUGCCCCUAUCGCUGGCGACCCGGUCCUUGCCCGACCUCAGCCAACCACUGCAAGACGAUGAGAACGACGUCGGAUACUCGGAGGAGGAGGAUGACACCGAGCAACUGUACUCUGACCCGAUAGCGCCUCCUUCACCCCCGCUGCCACCACCCCCACUUGACCACGACGACCGCCACGACGACCACCGCGAUCCCCGUGACGGCGGCGCUAGCCACCGCAGCAGCAAGUACAUCCACUCGAGUCCUAAGCGACGACCACGAACCCAUUCUCAAUCCAGCAGAACAUACUCGAGCCCGAGGUCGUUCGGCUCUGCUCGAAACCAUCGCCACGAGCUCAGCCUCGAGCAGCCCGCCAGUGACGAUGACGAUGCAGCGACUGUCGGCGAAUCGUCAUCGAUCCUGAUCACAACCUCGAGACCACCGGAGCACGACUCAAUACCAAGCUCGACGACGUCCUUCUACUACGACGCCUUGCUCGAUCAGCAGCAGCAGCAAGACCAUCGUCGACCUUCGCUCAAAUCCUACCCCUCCAGUACGAGCGUCCACGACCACUCUUCAAGAUCCGGCACACCCGAAAUCGACCACCAUGAUGCUAGUUCGAUCCAUUCGGCACCCGAGCUGGAAUACCACAACGCGAGCUACACGAGGGACGACUCGCGCAUUGAUCCCUCGCAAGGAGAUGGAGACGGUGGCGAGUUGAGUUCGCCCGGCGCCGACGCGCCGCUCAGUCCCAAUACCUCCUCAGCAGAUCGCAGCUACGGGAGGAGUCAGCGGAAAGGAAGCGGGUCUGAAGUGUUCUAUAGACUUCUGCCCUAUACACUGUGGGACUACCUACAAGAAGAAGUCCGUACCUCUCACGGUGAAGACGGUGGAGUCGGACAAAAACGCGGCCGUCGGCUAACUCGUUCCACCUCUUGCGCCAGGUCAUGUCGGUGGAGGUUGACGGCGAGCAAGGUGUCAAGAGUGAACGUGUGACCAACUUUUUGACUGUUCCAGGCGAACUUGAAAGGGUACGCUCGUGCGUCUCGCCAGUCCGGCAAGUUCCUAGCUCACCGUAGCUUGCGCCACUCUCCCACUUAGAUCAUCAUCUUUGGCGUCAUCAUCUGUUUUGACUCGUUCCUGUACAUCUUCGCCAUUUUACCCUUGCGAACGCUAGUUGCGGUCUAUACGUUCGUCAUCAAUACGGUCUUUAACCUUCACCUACCUCUGUUUCGCCGCUCGCAACCUCGAAGAAGAAUGCGCCUCUCUCACAAAUGCGAUCUUGCCAAGGCCGCAAUAUUUGUGCUGGCGAUGAUCGCUUUACACAGAAUCACGGAUGCCAGCAAGAUGUAUCACUCCGUCAGGGGCCAGGAUACGAUAAAAUUAUACGUCUUGUUCAAUGUGCUCGAGGUACAUCACCCAAAACCGAAUGCGAUCAAAUCAAUCCGACGCAUCUGACUUCCCUUAUUCCCUUCACUCGCCAGAUCGCGGACCGGUUGUGUUGCUCGUUCGGGCAGGAUCUACAGGACUCCCUGUUCUCCCGGCAGACGCUGGGUAGGCGGACAGAUGGCUCGCACCCUCAUAUCAGGCCUCUCGCUCUGUUCGGUCUGACUGUCGUCUACGUCGGUGAGCAACCUCGAGUAGGAUCUGCCAACGUCUCGCGCGCUGAAGGAUGGCCUCGACCUCGCAGUCGCACAUACGUUGGUGCUAUUUUACCAACUCGUCACCCUCAAUGUUGCCAUCAACUCGUACUCCAACGCCCUGUUGACCCUUCUCCUGUCGAACCAGUUUGUCGAGAUCAAAGGCAGUGUCUUCAAAAAGUUCGAAAAAGAGAACCUGUUCCAGUUAACUUGCGCAGGUGGGUCGAGUCGGAACGUAUAUCAAGGUAUCCACUGCAAUGUGUGCUGACGCGCAUUGUCUUGAAUCAGACGUUGUUGAGCGGUUCCAACUUGGCAUCAUGCUUUUCAUCAUUGCGCUCCGCAAUCUCGUCGAGCUCUCCUCCACCGCGGCGAUUCCUCUCUUCCCGUUCUUGGCUUCCUUUCCUACCUCGCUUUCCAAGCUGCCGACACCUAGUUCACUCGCCCUUCUUCAAACGAUCUUCUCCCCCGCCAUUGUCGUGCUCAUGAGUGAAUGCUUUGUCGACUGGCUCAAGCAUGCGUUUAUUACCAAAUUCAACCACAUCCGACCACAAGUCUAUGGAAGGUUCAUCGAUGUCUUGUGCAAAGAUCUCGUUGUCGGAGGCAAAGGAACAAGACGAGAGCAGGUAUGUCGAGGCGCAUCAUUCGCGCGUUGCUCACACAUGUGCGCUGUUGACGACCCCUCCCCUUGCCCACUACGCGUACCCACAGCCCUUCGUCGACCAAUCUCCUGUUGUCGCACGUCGUCUGGGUUUUGCGGCGCUUCCGUUGGGCUGUCUCGUUGUGCGCGUUAUCGCGCAAGCGUUCGAGAUGCUCGUCGACGACUCCGCAAUCGACGAAUGCGCGAUGCCCUCGACAAAUUCGAUGAACUCGACUGGUGGAAGCGUGUUGAAAGGUGGAGGUGUGGAAGACGGGUGGGGUGAUUUGAGGGGAUGGGCCGUGAUCGCAUUGGUCGUGCUGAUCGGAUGGAUUUGGUCAGCUUGUCGUGAGGGCGUCUGAUCGUUCGGGUCAUACUGAGCUGACGAGUAACGAUUCCCUUCUCCUUCCCUGCAGCCUGGUUGCUCUCAAGCUGCUCAUCGGGUAUGUUGCCUUUUCCGCUCUUCUUCUUUCUGCGCAAAAGUGCUUACGAAAGUUCGACACCUCUUCAGCAUCAACCUUCGCUCCUUCGCCUCGGAACGCUGGGCCUCGAUGCAGCAGCGCGAAAUCGAAGACCAGCUCAAUGAUCGUGGACGAGCCAAGAUCGGUGUAACACCAGCAGAAGCCGUAAGUCUGACCUCUUACGUGAUCGUGCAACCUCGGAGACAUGCAAUAACUUGGCAGUAAUAUGUCGUCGUGACGCAGUCAAUGGACCAUCAAGUCGAGCGUUUACUCAAGGAUGACAUCUUUGACGCGAACGAGAGGGGUCGCAAAAUCAGCCUGGCCAGUUUGUCAAGGUAUGAUAUGAUUCGGAGCCGAUUGUGGUAG